AUGUACCAGAGCCUGACCCUGUCCUCCACCCAGACCCCGUACUCCCAUGACACUGGGAGCUACAUCCACCCCACGGCCAGCUCACCAGUCUACGUCCCGACCGGCAGAGUCCCGGGCGUGCUGCCCACCCUGCCCUACCUGCAGACCUGCGAGUCCCCUCAGGCGCACGGCCUGGGCGGGCACCAUGGGUGGCCUCAGACCGGCUCGGACGGCUCAUCGUUCGGCCCCAGCAGCCCCCUCCCUCCGCCCGGAUUCUCUUACCCGCACAGCCCGCCACUCGGCAGCAGCACCGGCCGGGACUCCGGCUACCAGAGCCCGCUGCUGCUCGGGAACGGCGCCCGGGCUGAGCAGUACGGAGGGGCCCUGGUGCGGUCAAUGGGGGGCUCUUACUCCGGCCCCUACACCUACAUGAGCCCGGACAUGGCCCCCUCUUCCUGGACUCCUGGAGCAUUUGAGAACGGAGUGAUCAGCCUGCAGGGCCGCGGAGGGACCGGGAGGAGGUCCAGUCUGGGUGAGAACAGAUCCCCAAUCCGGACCCUCAUCCUGGGGGAGGAGGGGGUUUAGAUUAUUCUGAUCCACAUGAGUUAUUCUAGAGAUUUACUCUGAUCUUAGUUGAAGUGAUCAAUCAGUGGAGAGAGAGACAGACAGUGAAAAACUGAUGACCGAGUUUGAUGGCAAAGAGCGAGACUAAACACACAUUAUUAUUAUUAUUAUUAUUAUUAUUAUUAUUAUUAUUAUUAUUAUUAUUAUUAUUAUUAUUAUUAUUAUUAUUAUUAUUCUUUAUUGGUCAGGUGAAACAGACUCACCUGCGGCCUUUUCCUGAACCAGGCCUCGCUGUCAACCGGACUUACUCAGACAUUUUUAAACCGCUUAAUAAUUCGUUUGAUAUUAAAAAAAAAUCUGAGUGAUUCAUUUUUAAAACCUCUUUUUUUAUCAUUUAUUAAUAGGGUAUCAUUGUUAACCGGAACAUGUCAACCAAUAAGAAAAUCAUUUAAAAGUUUUUUUUCUCUAUAUAUACAUAUAGUUCCUUUAGGACGUGAUCGGCUGUAAAUAAACUUUUAUGAAGGAGUGUGAAAAUAAAGAAAAGAAAUUCAUUUGAUUCAUUAUUUUGUUUCAUUUUUACUAAAUAUUCUGAUUAUCGGACAAAAUGAUUUCUCCAACAAAUUAGGAGCCCCAAUCAUCAUCAAACAAAAACAAAAACAGCUUAAAAAACAGACUCCUGAAAAUGAACCGAAUGAAAACAAUAAGUUUUAAAUUAAACUAUUAUUAUCUUUCCCCUGUUGAGUUUGUAGAUACAGAUAGCUGAAGAUAAGGCUGUAGGCCUCACACUGAUCUGCUCUCUGUCAUGAUCGAAAUAAACCAGAAGCAUCAUGUUAGUUUUUUUUUUUUCCAUUAAUAAUAAUUUUGAUUUUAUUCUCAUUAUUAUUAUAAUUAUUAUUGUUUUGUCGUUUUUACUCUGAGACCAAACCACUCUCUGAGAAUCCGAUAAUAGCUCUCGGACUGUCUGACUCUUCGUCUUUGUUCGAAGGUGAGAGGGACAGAGACAAUAAUACGCACGCAUAAUCACAUACACACGCACACACUCAUUAAUUAGCGAGUUCAUUUGAAUAGAAAGAGCAGAUUCACCGAGCAUGCGCCAAACUCAUUCGCUAAUUUAGAUAAGAUAAAGCUUUAUUUGUCCCUCAGUCGAGAAAUGUGCCGUGUUAACAGCAGCAAAGGAGCAGCAGAGGAACAAUUCUCAUCCUGCGCACAAUGCAUAGAUAAGUAUAAAAAGUGAACUUACAACCGUGUAAAAGGAGUUUUAUACAAAAAAGUGAAGUAGGAAAAACAGUCACCGUCUGAAUUUGUUGUUGACAGAAAAUAGAGAAAUUACAUUUUCAGUUUAUCAACCAUUUUCAAUCACUUAAGUUACAUCUGUGUUUGAAACUAUUUUAAUUUACUGUCAGAUUCAUAUUUUAAAUUAUUAACAUUUAAAAUGUGCUAAUAGUAAUAUCAACAAACAUCUUUAAAACACACUUAAAACAAAGUUUACAGAAUGAAAUCCUGAGAUUUAGCCCCCAACUUUAAAAAAGGAUCAUAAUUAAUGGUAAGCUUUAAAUUGACAUCUUAAAUGUUCAGAUGAAUAAAUGAAAUGGAGCUUAACAAUAAUAAACAUGUUUAUAUUGAUUAUUCAUCUGAGUUUACGGAUAUCUUUAAGAACUGAAUUCUAAACAUGUUCUGACUAAAUAAAACAUCAAACUUUAGAUAACUUGAUGAAGAUUUUGAAGACUUCUAGCUACAAACAGCUCUUUUUUUCUUUUUUUAGGAAUUGGAAUCAUAAAAACAUUUGUCUUUAUUUACAGUGUCAGAGUUUCUCUCUGACCUGAACCCUGCUCUCUUUUCUUCUGCUUUAUGAGCUUUAACUAUAUUUUUAUGUGGAAAUAAAUGAUAAAUGUUAAAAACCAAGAGGUUAAAUGUUAUACUCUUUGACUCUUUGUUAACAGGAUUUUAUCAAUUUUAAUAUUUUUAAUCUCUGGUUGGGUAUUUUGCUCAAUUUUGGGCCAGAAAAAAAGAUGACUGCAGAGGUCGACAGUAAAGAAAAAGACCAUUUUUAUUUCAGGAAAGUGAAGAAGAGGGGUAUCUAAUCUAUAUCUGAUUGUUCACUCCUGUGGUCAAACACAAAAAUAUUUUAAAAAAUAAAUUAAAUAAAUCAAAAUCAAAAUAUGUCAAAGUGCAGAGCAAAAUGAUUAAAGAUUGGUGUGAUAAGAUGGUCCUGAAUGUUCUGAAACCUUGAUCUAUCAGAGCUCUUUUUUAUUUAAGUCAAACUUUCAUGAUCAAUAAAAGUUUAUAAAAUAAAAGAAAAUAAAAAUGUGAGGUUUCACAUAUUUUGAAUUUAACUCAGAAGGAACAAAAUAAGACCCCAGCCUCAUUAUUCAUCAUUUCAGUUAACAGCACAUCAGUCAUUUUUGUUUCAGCUCCUCCACAGGUGCACGUUUCUGCUUUAAAUCUGUCCUCACCUGUGUUGAUUCUGAACACCGGAGUUCAUUUUUCUGCUCUGAGGUUUCAAACAGCGUCUCUUUUUAACAGGGUGAAAUACCUCAAACUGCUAUCACAUAUAGGCAGACCACAGACCAGGUAAAUGGGGAGGGGUCUGAUACCUGGACAUCACUGAAAGGAAGAAUCACAGAAGAACAGAUCAGAAUAAAACUAAAAGAGUUUAUACAGAGAGAGAGAGAGAGAGAGAGAGAGAGAGAGAGAGAGAGAGAGCUCAGCCUGCAGACGGUCAUCAGCUGAUCUGUGUGUGUGUGUGUGUGUGUGUGUCUGUGUGUGCCUCCCUGCAGAACUGAUGGAGGAUGUGUCCCCUGAAGGUCGGGAGUGUGUGAACUGCGGCUCGGUGUCCACGCCGCUGUGGCGCAGAGAUGGAACAGGUCACUAUCUGUGCAACGCCUGCGGCCUUUACCACAAGAUGAACGGCAUCAACAGACCACUGAUCAAACCUCACAAACGACUGGUGAGAGACACACACACAACCACAAAACUACACAAGGACAUCAACAACAACAGCAGUGCUACAUCAACAGACCACUUAUCAAACCGCACAAUUGACCAGCGAAAAAAGACACACAAAAAUAACACAACAACAACAAGAAACAACACUAUCUAUGAGUCAGAGGUUAAUCUGUUGUCAGGUGAAUCAGUUUCAUUUUGAGUCCGGUCUAAAUUUUAUUGUCUGGAUUUAGAAACCGACUUCAGUAUGUGAACAGUUUUGUUUUUAACUUGACUGUAAAGCAUUUUAAGUCACAUUCUUGUAGGAAAAGGGUUUUAUAAAUAAAGAACAGUGAAGGUCACAGAGAAGUUUCAUGUCUUAAAUGAAUCUGUGAUCACAGCAGAUCACCGUUUGAGGGAAUGUUUCUCUGAGCUUGGAGAUCCAUCUGUAUUAAUCUGAGGGUGGAUCAAUCAGUACUAACAGUUUAAUAUCAUCUAGACUGUGCUGGUUUUGUAGAUGAGCAGCCCUGUGUGUUUAAGUGGAGGAGAGUUGUUGGUGGUGGGGGGUGGUCAAGGUCUCCCGGCUGUGUGUUUCUCAGGACUCCCCCCUUCUCUGGGGCUGUGUCUGAGGCAGCAGUCUGCUCCAGCUCAGAGCAGUUCCUCUGGUUUGUGUUUGUCCUGCAGUGACCUCGACCUUCACCAACACGCUGCAGAGCGAGGACGCUCUGGAGGAGGAUUACUCUGAUCAACGAUAAAUCAGGAUUUAUUUAUCAGUGAUAAAUCAGAUUAUUGUACCAGACUGCAGACAGACAUCCUGCAGCUCAGUCUAAAAGUUAAGAACAGCCGAGCUCAGACUGAAUUUACACUUAGUGACAUUUUCAGUGUUUAGUUAAAGUAAAUAAAACCGUCUUUUAAAGCCGAGACGGGAUCCUGUUCAUUCACUGAUAACCUCAUUAGGACCAUCUCUGGAUUUAUACUCCAUCUUUAUAAAGAAGAUAGAAUAUGAAAUAAUAUUUCGAUAUGUUUCACUGAGAUUACUCAAUCAAAGAGCCCCAAGCCUUUUAAUGUAAUAUGAUGUGUCAGAGCUGGAAGCUGCUGGUUUAGAACCACAAACCAGGAACCCUUGUGUUAUAUAAUAGUUAGCACCUGCUUUAUUUCUCCAUCUCAACACCAGAAUAACAUCCUCAGUGAUCUAAUGUGAACAACAAACUGACCGACAGCCUGCCACACAAACAACAUGACAAUCAGUUUUAGUCCUGAAUCUGCAGCUCCAGAUCUGCAGACACACAUUACUCUCUAUUUUCACAGUAACAUGAAUUAACUUUGUGCACUAUUUAAAUAAAGUUUAUUGAUGUCAGUUAUUUCAUGAAUUAACUUUAUGCAUUAUCUAAAUAAAGUUUAUUGUUGUCAGUUAUUUCCACACCUUUGCUUGUUGCUUUUUAAAAUUCUGAUUGAUCACAAAGAGUCAGUCUGUCAGAUUCUCCAUCUUUAUUCCUACAGGUACACUGUUUUUUGAAAAAAGAAAAAGAAAAAAAAAGGUGGAAUCAAGCGAGAAAAACUGUGAUUUUGAAAAGAAAAAUAUCAUUUAUCACUGAAGGAAAAAAUACACCAACACUGUACUUUUUAAUUUGUGCAAUAACUCAAAAAUUAAAUAACCUCAUCAUCUAGCCACCUCACCAUGUUUGUCUUUUACAUUUAAUAUCCUCAAAACAGGAUCCAAUUCAUAUUAAAUAAAGGUGCAAACAUAAUCUCUGUCUUAUUAUACUUUCUUUAAUUCAAAACUCUAUAAAGUAAAAGUCAUCAAAACACAAAAACAAAAUAAAAUAAUUUGAUUAAAUAAGAUUUAAUUUAUAACAUUUUAUCUAACAACAUAAUGAAAUCAAAUCAGAGCUGCUCCCUCAGACUGGAUUGCUCUCCUCAUUAACCAGACUUGUCUCUGUCCUCCUUUCUCCUGUAGCAGACCACGUCUCGCCGGGCCGGUCUCUGCUGCACAAACUGUCACACCAGCACCACCACGCUGUGGAGACGCAACGCCGAAGGGGAGCCCGUGUGCAAUGCCUGCGGCCUCUACAUGAAGCUGCAUGGGGUAAGGUGAUCUCUGUUUGUGUGGACUGUAACAGCUCGUGUUGAGGUGUGUCUCACCUGAGAGAAACACUUCCUGUAGCAAACAUCUGCUGCUGCAGGAAGCUGCUCAUUAUUUACCUCCACAGGUUCACCCCGGUCACUGUUAUCAGACUAACCCUCCUCUGAACCACACACAUGCAGCUCUAUCAGUGCUGUGGAUGUAGAAUCAGCUCACCUGUGCUCUUCCACCCCCCUCAGGUACCCAGACCUCUGGCCAUGAAGAAAGAAAGCAUUCAGACAAGGAAAAGGAAACCCAAGAUCCCCAAGAAUAAAACAUCUACAGGUGAGAGAGAAGAAUGAACUCUGUAGCCCCAGUCUGAAACACUGAGUCAGAAACUAUCACUGUCUGAAUAACAGCUCAGAAAGGCCCCAGUAUCACCUAAUAUCAUACUCAUGUGUCUUUCCUUUAGGCUCCACCCCCUCUGACAGCAGCUCCCCGCCCUCACUCUCCGUCUCUGAACACGCCUCCACCAUAAAGAGUGAACCCAACAUGGCCCCCUCGCCGUACGCCGGACAGACCGUCGCAUCUGCCACUCAGGUGAGCUCCUGAGAGACGCUGAGACAUCUCGAACCUCGAAUCUCAGUGUCUAAACUGAAGUUGCUGUAUGAGUCUUUAUACGUCACACUGGACCAACUUAGGGUCCAAACCAGAAGUCUGUGAAAGAGGGUCAGGGUUAGCGCCCCAGAGACCAGAGAGCCAAUCAGUCAUGUGUAACCUAUCAGAAGACAGAGCUCUGAAAAGUUACGUCAGUUGAAGUAGCGUGUUUCACAGUGGCGUGAAACAAGCAGUGUUAGUCAAGUGUUCUUCAAAGGUCAAAGGUUACUUUAUUUGUACCCUCAGGUAAAUUUUGUUUGCAGUAAAUCACAUGUAUGACAGUAGACAAACAAACAGACCAGUUCAUACAUAUAAGGAAGCAUUUCAGGACAACACAUUAUUGAGGUGCAUGUUUUAAGGUGACUGUUGGUGCAGUUUUAAUCAGCACCCAGUGUUAACGUGUCCCUUCUCCCUGCAGACGGGCUCUCAGUUGGACAGUCUGACUUCAGGACACAUGGACAUUAAAUACGAGGACUUUCCUUUUACCACAACCGCUUUGGCCUCACAGAACUGGUGCGCUUUGUCUCAGGCCUGA